GAUCGACAGUCCGCCGUCUCUGUACAUUCCGGGGCGCCCGAACGCCAUUUUGGUAACAGAAAAGUGAACGAAGUGAGAAGAGAAGUGUUUUUUUUGCACAUGAAUUUCUGGAUCGCAGAGCAUUUCGAAAGUGCAUCGAGCGUGAGUGCAGAUCGUUGCGAAUCCGGUGCGUCGGUCCGUUUUUUGUUUUGUUUUGUUUAUUUUCUCGGCGAGCGCGAGGAAAAGAAAGAAAGAAGAAGGAAGGAUAGGAUAGGGAAAGAACGAUCGCGGUGCGCGUCCUGUGUCUGUCCCCCAUCUCACCAUCUCUGUCUCUCUAUCAAUCUGUGUAUUUAAGUGCGUUUGUGGGAGAGCGAGCGACUGAGUGAGUACACAGUGUGUACCGAGUUAGUUCGUUAGUUUUGUCUCUGUUGAAGACACGCCAACAAAAGCAAUAGUUGUUGCAACGGCAAAUACAUACAUACAUACACACAAGCAUACGCGCGCAUACAUACGUACAAGAUAAAAUAAUACUCUGUGUGUGUGCUGUUUGCAUCCUACAGCGUCUGUGUGCCAUCUUUUUCAGGCCAACUAACCGACUCGCACAGUGAAAAGAAGAAAGAAAGAGACGGAUACGAGAGUCUCCCCCUUUUUGUUUAUCGACAGGACCCAUCGAAAUUUCGUCGAGAACCCAUCUGAACGGACCAAACAAAAGGGUUCGUUCGCUGGGUCUCCCGAAGAUCUAAAUGGUUGCGUGUGGACAGCAUGUCUACUUUGCCAGGGUUGGCCUCGAAGGGCGAAAAAGGGAAAUCCAAGUACCAGUCUUUGGACAUUAAUAGUCUGUAUAAGGUUUCAUUGGGAGAAUCUACUGAGAAGCAGCAACAGAAGAGUAUAUUAUCGCAUAAACAUGGCAUGCAAUUACUGGGCAAGGUACCUAGUGCUAGGCGUCCCCCUGCGAAUCUCCCAUCUCUGAAGUCCGAGCACAGUGGGUCCGACGCAGCUGUAUCUUUGGUUCCUUCUAACGGUUCAGGAUGGGGCAAACAAGAGAGUGCUUCUUCAUCGACCUCGACGACAACAACAACAAAUGUGAGCAGUGCUGGUGCUGCGAAUGCGACGAACACAACGAGUACCCAUCAAGCCAAUAUCGCUCUGCCGGUUUCAACAAACCCGGCCCUGCAACAGCAGCAGCAGCAGCAACAACACCAGCAGGGCGCUCAGCAGCAGAUCCAGCAGCAGCAGCAACAACAACAGUCUAUGCCCGUAUCGGUUGUUGCUGGAGGUGUAAAACAGCCACAUCAUCAGCAACAACAGCAGCAGCAGCAACAGCACGGUGCGAAUCCUGCCACCGGGGACAAGUCAUGGAGUUCGGUGAUGAGUGGCGGCGAGCCGUCGGCCCAUCCGCCCUCUUAUCAAAGUCUGAUGUUCGAACACGAAUUCCCCAGCCUGUCAGCUGGAGAUGGAGGUGCACCACGUUCUGGCACAGCGGACACCCAGUACGGGCCCGGUCCAAGUUUGAGACCACAGACGGAGGGUUCGUGGCAACUCGGAGGAGGUGCCGCCACAAGGACGGACGGUAUCGCUGCAUCAAACGUCGCCGGAGGCCCCCAGCGCAACGGAUCGGCCCCUCACGGUGCCCCACCAUCGCACAUGGGCCAGGGCGGCCCCCCUCUGCCACAGUACAGAGGCUUUGUGCCGACGUUCAUGUACAAAGGAGGAAACGUCGCCGGCAAUCCAGCAUUGGGUCAGCAGCAACAACAGCAGCCACCCUUUCAAAACAUUGCUCCCGGCGUUGCUACACCUUUGUCCAUCAUCGUGACGUCUCCACAGCCGCAACAACAACAGUCCAAUACCUCCAAUGCCAACAAUACAACAGCCAACAACAAUUCCACAAACCAAUCGACAAUUAGAAGACAACCGCAGCAGCAGAGGAAUAACCAACAACAUCACGAAACUGAAUCGUCUCUCCACAGGCCGAUCAUCAAGGAAGAGGAACUCAGCGGCAUGGAUAAUCUCACCAGCGACAUGGGCUGGGCAAUGCACGACGACAUUGAUUAUAAUCAGAAGUUGGCCUUCAGCGACGACGAAGCGGAAAAUAAGUCGCGCGGCACCUCGAUGCCGAAGGACAUGCAAAAAUCUGAUUAUCACCACCACCUCCAUAACCAACAGCAGCACGUUCCACAAGAUUACCACCAACAAGAUUAUCACCACCAUCAGCAGCCUGAACACAAACCGUGGAGCAGGCAGCAACAACAGCAAUCUUCGAUGCAUUCGGAGGAAGACGAUAUGAACGCGAAGCGUCGCAGACAGCAACAGGAGGUUGCGAGCGCUAGGGAGCGCGCCAGGUUGCGCAAGGAGGAGGAAGAAAAGAAAUUCUAUCAGGCAAAGCAAAACAAGUACAAGGAUAUGGACGAAAAGAUGCAGCAGGGCAAACCACCUGCAAAGGACGAUUUGGUGAACGCUCCGGCGCCCGCUUCCAUUCUCCUACCGGAAUGGGAACGACCCAAAGAAUCCGAGCAGGAACAGCAACCACCACAACAACAGCACCAGCAGCAGCAACAACCGCUGCCAACGAAAAACGAUUUCCGUCAGUUGACGCAAAUCGAAGGGCGUGCAACGUACACCCGCAAAGACCAGAGGGGCGGCGGCGGUAGCAGCAGCGAAAAAGACCCGGCCAACUUCAAACGACAAUACCAGCACAAUUUGCCACCGCGUUUCCAAAAGCGCCAGCAGGAGCAGAUGAACAACGGUCAGCAGCAAGGCAGCUUAUCUUCGAGCGGUGGAAAUGGUGGAGGCGGUUUUGCAUUUGAAUCGAAUCGUUGGGGUGGUGGAGGAGGAGGCAUGAACAAGACCAGCCCCGCCAACAGGAAGAAUCACAGGAAUGACAAUGAAUCCGAGAAGGAUGAUGAUUAUAAUAAAUACAACUACGGCAGGCAUCGUCCGUACGGCGGCAGCGGUGGUGGUAACAACCAGCAACAAAACAAUUCCGAACCCUCUGGAAGGAAGUCGUCCGGUGAUGAUUACGAAUACGGAAAUAAUAGGAAAGAUGAUAAUAACCUGAACAGGCAACAUAGCAACGAUGACUGGCAGGAGAGAAGAAUGGAGAGAUACGGAAGCAGUGAUCGACCUCAGAGGCCGGACAGUCGCGACUCCAGAGCGUCUCGCGAAUCCCGUCACUCCGAACCACGUGAGUACAAUUCGUGGGCCGAGACGCACUUCGAAGAGGAUGCCAAGCGCCACCAGCAGCAGCAUCAGCAGAUCAAGGAGCAUAAAAUGCAGGUGCCGGGACCGAUUACCAAAGAUAAAUUGGAAGCGGACGAUUUGCGUAACGAGAAGCAGCGUAAUCUCACGCAACUCAAGAGGGGCGCUAUCAGCGAUAUGGAUAACAAGAACAAGUCUCUGGAAAAGACACCGGAGAAAGAGGACGAUCCAUGGAGUGCCGCACGGAAAGGUGACAUGGGCCCAAGGGCUUGGGCGGAUGCGAUCUCACCGAGCACGGUAGCACCGGAGAAUGCCAAAUUCAUGGAGAUGAUCGAUAAGAAGUUGGAAGAAAAAUUGAUGUCCGCUGCAGAUGGCGAAGACAAAAGGGAUGAUAAAAGUAAAAAUGCGAAUCUUACCGGCAGAGGAAGGUCCGAUUCUCAGAACAGUCGCAGCGGAAACGCCAACGGCGGAGGAAACGUCUACAAUCGAAACAUGUGGUCGAAGAAGGGCGGAGCUGUGCCUCCUCCAAGAGGUGGCGGCGUUUCGCGAUCCAACAUAUCGAGAUCUUCGAUCAAAACCGGUGGCGAUUGGCACGCAUCAGAGUCUGAGGGCUCCGCCGAUGAUGCCACGUUGCAGCAUCAUAACGAAGACCAGCAGUCUCAGGUGAGUCCGAAGCUCAUCAAGAAAGGAGACAACAAGGAUGAACGAAACAAGGACGUGAAAAAUGAUAAAGCGAAUGCAUCCAGCAAUUGCAUUACGGAGAAAAAACCGGUUGGUGCGGGCGUCGGUUACGUGCCUCGAGGAGAGCCAUCGCGACAUGGACGCGGCGGUGGAGGCGGAUCUUCGAGCUUUAGAGGUGGUCGAGGCGGUUGCAAGAGAAUGGACGGCUACGGCCUGCCACCAGUUAAAAGUCCUUUCCCACACGAAGAGCAGCAGCAACAGCUCGUCAAAAAAAUGGAUUCCGAUGAGAUGAUGACCAUGGACGAUAAAAAGAAGUUGCUCGAUAUGAAUAAGCGUAAGGAUACGCUCAACAAAAAGAAGACCGGAAGGGACGGUGGCGAUGUCUCCGACAAUUCGGACGAUGUCAAGGAUAAGAAUAGGAAGCCGAAACAGCAGCAGCGGCAACAGCAACCGACUUUAUCAACUGCAAUGCCCGGAAGCGUAUCCCAAAGGGGGAGAGGUGGAAACGCGAACAGUGCAACAGCACCAUCUCCGAGGAUGUCAACCAACGACAAGAGACAAUUCUCUCAAUCCCAGCUCUCGAACGCAUCGCUGCCGCCGCGCAUGAAAGAUGAUAAAGGCAAAGAUCUGGUGAACGCGAUGACUGAGAUGAAUUUGAGCGAAGAAGUUAAACCCGAAUCUGAACAGCUUCAGCAACCCGGUGACGAUGGUUUCCAAGAAGUUAAGAGCAAAAAGAACUUGGAGAAGAGACCAAAGUCGACGGAGAUGAAGCAGCAGCAGCAGCCAAUGGCCAAGUCUCAGAUCGAACAGAAAGAUAGCAAGGUAAUGAUGCCGACGGCCAUGAAACCGAAGCCAGUGCAUAAUCUGUCGCAGCAGCAGAUUGCGAACAUCCCAUCGCUGAUGGCGACACCUGUGAAUCCGCCACCGAAUAUGCCUCAACCGCAGAGCAACAAGGGUCCGUUCGAGAGGCCGAGGCAGAACAAAUUGCCUCCAAGGUUGGUGAAGCAGCGCGAGAACAAUCGUCUGCACAAGGCGCAGAUGCAACAGCAAGGCUUGAACGUGAAUGAGAUCAACGAUAUGAACAAGAUGGCCCAGAACAUGCAGCAGCAUUACGGAAUGAAGGACGGUGGUGGAAACAACACUGCCUGCAAUUUGGGAAUGGUGAGUGCGUGGGAGAAGCCUCUGGUGGGUCAAUUGAGGGAUGCCAACGCGAAUCCAGACGUUCUUCACGCUCUCGAUAUCAACCAGAAGGAUCCCAAUUGCAAGCAAUCAGCGGACGGCGGAGAUAAAGUGCUCGAUGGAUCGAAUCCACUCAAGACGAUCAUCUUCGAGAACACUAAUUACAAGUCUGCGCCGGGUUGCAGGAAUCGCAACAAUGAUAAAAGGGGCAGUGGAAGUAAGCCAUCGUCGCUGGAGGAUAACAACGGCGGCAUGGAGAUGAACUUUGGAAAUAAGCAGAUCGGAGAAUUGCUGAACAACAAGACCAACGACAAGAGCGAUAUUAACAUGCAGUUGGCGUUCGAUGCGGACAAGGCGGCCGAUAUUAAGCUGGACUUUUUCGAGAACGAAAUCUCGCAUCUGACGGAGGACAAGGGUAGCAACAAGAACAUGUCGUUGCCGAGGACGAUGCACACAAUCACCAGCAGCAACAACACCAUUUCGCCGUCGACCGCCGACGAUCUCAACAUUAAGAUUCAGUCGGUGAAGAAGGUGUGGGAGAUGCCGACCGUCAUCGAAGUGCAGCAACAACAACAGCAGCAUCAGCAGCAGGAUGAAACUUACUCAUCCUCGUUCGGUUCCGAUCCGAAUGGUAUGGACCAGGGCUUCGCGAAUAAAUCCGGAGAUGGGAACGAUGACAAUCAUGAAGGGUACAGUCCGUCGGCCAAUAGCGCAUCAUCGAACAGCAACACGACCAACGUGUGCAAGGUGAAGCCGACACAGCAGGUCGCCGGAAGCGGUGGUCAAAGCACCGUCAUAAACACCGUCAGCAGCGGUGGAAGUGUCGGUGGAGCAGGAUCAGGCGGAGGAGGUGGAAGUGGUGGUGGUGGUAGCAGUGGUGGAAGCGGUGGCGGAAGUGGACAUCAGCAGCAUUCGACGAUGGUCGGACCGAAUCUGAUUGGACAUCCGUUGUCGCCACCGCCGCAGAUGCCGACGGUGAUUAGCGCGUUGGCACCUCAACCGCAACAGUACACGACGAAUCAGCAUCUCGGUUAUCAAACGGCCGGACUAGGAGGUAACACCCAAUACGGAAUUCCGGCAAUACCAUCACCGCCGACGGUGCUCUACAACUCAUCGCAACAGAUGCCGCAGUCUGGAUUAUAUGGUACUUUCCAGCUCGAUCAGAGUCAGGUGCUCAACAGCCAGGGUCGAUCGCAGUAUUCGCAAUACUCUUAUGGGCUUGGACAGACCGCCUCCAGUCCAUACUCUGCGCAAUCCAUGUAUCUGCAAACGCAACCGCACGGACCGCCCAACCCUCAAGGACCACAAGAUAUUUAUAACAAUUACCGUCUACCAGCAACCGGACCGUUCGGCCAGAAUCAGCAGCUGAACAAUCCGACGACCGUGUUAAUCUCUUCCACUUCGAACUCUUUGAUGUCGGCCACCGUUAAGCCAAGCGGUCAGCAGAUCAGCGCCAUCGGCACAAAAGCAGGCGGCGUCGGUCAGGCGUACCAGCAGCAGUCGCAGCAAGGCCAGCAACUCUACAUGACCUACGACCCGGCCAUCCAAGCCAAUUAUCUGCAGAAUACGGGUGUGAUGCAGCGAGGACCACCGCCGCCGCCGCAGAACAGCGUUGUCGCCGGAUUGCAGCCCUCUUCCUCGUACUAUUCCGGAUCCACAGUUUUGUGCGCAGGUGGACAGACAGCCGGCUACUUCCAGCAGCCGCCGCCCGGCAACUCAUCGCAGAUGGCGCCGCCUCCACCACCGCAGCACCAGCAUCAGGCCGGAUACGGACUGCAGGGAAACGUCUUCGGCACCCACAGCCAGUCGCACACAGGAAAUGCGGGCAUGCAGAAUUUCAACUCUCCGUUCCUCUCGGGACCGAUGAUGGCAGCGAUGAACGCGCAGCAAUUCCGCUCAGCCGUCGCAGCCGCGUCCAACAUGCCCCCGGGGGCAGCGGUCGCCGCUUCUUACAUGAAGAGCAGCAGCCAACAGAUGGAUCAGCAGCAGGGCGGACGAUCGCAGCAGCUGAGGAGUCCCGGCACCCAGCAGGAAGUCCUUUCCUCAGUGUUCAAUACCGCGUCCCAAAUCCCAUCGCCCAAAUCUCGGCAGAGCUGCAAGCAGCCACAGCCGCAGCCCAGUCCCACCGCACCCAACAAAUCUGGAUACUUGUACCAGAACGUGACGAACCCGACGAGCGGACAGGUAUUUUCGAGAUACCCGGCUCCCAUUCAACGCCCCAACAGCAAUUACGGCAUCAGUUCCAUGCAGAACAAUGGCCAGAAACACGGUGGCCGGCCCAACAAUUCUGGCAAUCGUUCUGCAUCCCGGCAAUAUUACAGUAGCCAAGGCGUAGGUCUUAACAAUCAAGUGGACAAAUCGGAAGACUCGAAGCUCGUCGAGGGUGGCGCCAACAAGCUCGGGGCAGCCAAUCAGCAGCCCGGGGGCGGCGCCUCCGACAAGAUCGACGUCGGCAAGGACGUCGAGAACAGUGCUAAAGACUAAGCAACACUUUCGGUUCUAUUAUUUAAGGAGUUAAGUACUAAAAAAAAAACGUGUUUCUUUCUUUUAUGUUAUCCAAUCAUCGUCGGUAUAUACAUAAUAUAUUUACAUAUAUAUUAAAAAAAAAGGUAUUACACAAAAAAAAGCAAACAAACAAGAGAAUAUUAAAAAGAGUAAGCGAAAGAGGAACAAAAGUUUUUUUUUAAUUUAGCAAGAGGAUGGAUUAAUGAGAAUAUUUAUUUUAAUUUUAUAUAUGUGAAAUAUAGAUUGAGCGGAGACGGAAAACGAGGAGUGUGAGAGAAAGAUAGAGAGAGAGAAAGGAAUGAGAAAAUAUUCGUUUCGCUUUGUCGGAUUCUUCCUAUUCAUUAUUCAGGUGGUGAAGAAAAACCUAUGAUCAUUUAUAUAUUAUUAUUUUUUUUUCUUUGUUUUGUGUUAUCUUUUCUUUUUGUAAAUAUAUAUAACAGAUAAUUCGCAUCUGAACGUAUUCUUCGGAGAAAGAGAAAGAUACUAAAAAAAAAAUAUAAUAAGAAAGAGCAGCAGCAGCAGCACCCCCGCAAACACUGGCCAAAAAUUAAUGAGAAAAAAUGGAGAGGAGAGAUAAGAGACAAAAAAAAAAAGAAACAAAAGUUCACCCUAAAACAAUCAGUGUUUAGUUUACUUAGUUUGUGAUUAUUAUUUAUUUUUUUUUCUUUUGAUAUGCAUCAAUUUUAUAUUUUGUGAUAUUCGGUAAAUGUUUAAUUUAAUAAUGAGAUUGAUUAACGACGAACAGAUAAGCGCGCGCUCGUUCGAUCUCAUCCCCCCACACCCCGACAUAUUAUAAUUCUUGUAAUCUCCGUGUCGGUUCGUUUGUCGGUGAUGCGUGCCCCUCCCCCCCAAUAUUAC